AUGAAGGCACUGCGCCGAAGAGGGUCCCACUGCAGGAGUGAGAGUUCUGAUUUUACUGAGAAGGAAAAAGAGGUGAUGGCGGAAACCGAGUUAAGGAAACUGCAGCAGCAGUUCCGGAUCAUGGUGGAGAAUCGCAAAUCCUUUGGGGUCAAGACUCAGCAGCACUUGUUCCAUCAGGAAAAACAAAUCAAAGCCUUGAAGGAAGAAAAUGAUGAGAUUAAUUUACUCCUGAGUCUCACCAAGUCGCCCCGGAAUAUUUUUAUGGAUGACCGGAACUGCAUGGAGCUUAAGUUUCUUUUGCAGACCAAAGACGAAUAUGACAAUCUCAUCCGAGCCACCAAAGCCUUGAUUGCUGAACUUGACAACAAGAUAAUGGAAAUGGACAACAAGAUUAAAAAGCAGAAGGUGCUCGUGAUCGAGCUGCGUCAGGAGUACGAUGGGAAGUGGCUGCAGAGGCAGAUCCAGCUGCUAGAUAACCGACUCAAUCACGUGACAGUUUAUUUCGACACCAUCUUGACCACCAAUGCCAAGCUCCGAGAAGAGAUAGAGAAUCUGCAGUGCCAGAAGUCGGUCUUUGAUAACAUCUACACACGGCUCCACAAGAAGCUGGAGCAGCAGAAGAAGACCAUGGACCUGUCCAUCGAGCAGUCCACACAAGCCUACGAGCAACGGGUUGAAGCGCUUGCUAGAAUCUCUGCCAUGAAGGAGCGGCGCUGCAAGGACAUUGCGCAGUUCAACAUCGAGUUCCGGGAGCUGGAACGGAUCUACAACCAUGAGACCAAGCUCAAAGCCUUCAUGUUGAUCAAGCUGGUGGACCGCUCAGAAUUCGAGGAGGAGGCCAAAAGGGAGGAAGCCGUCAAAGCGAGGAAGCGUGCCAAGACCAAAGGGGAAAGCUUUGAAAGCUACGAGGUGGCAUACAUGCGUCUGCUGAAGCUGACCGAGAAUGGCGACAUCGAUCAGCUGGUGGAAGACUUUAUUGAGAAGGAAGAGAAGAACUUUGCCCACUUCAGCUACGUCACCGAGCUGAACAAUGACAUGGAGAGGCUGCAGAAAAGGAUCGAAGACAUUCAGAACGAGAUCAGCCAGCUGCAGCUGCAGCAGCGGGAGGCGGAGGACGUCGUCCACGACCGGCUGAGGGAACUGGAGGAGAAACUGCAGAAAACCACCGAAGACGCCAACCAGUAUGAAUACAAGUUGAAAGAGAGCAGCAAGAUCCUGGAUCAGCUGAAAUCGGCGGUGGACUUCCUGUUCAAGCAGACAGGCUGCGAUGCAUCCAAGAUCAGGGAACACCUGGGCGAGACGGGCGAGAUCACCGAUCAGAACCUGAUGCAGUAUUUCAGCAUCGUGGAGAAGAAGAGCAAUGACCUGCUGCUGAUCGAGUCCUUCCUGCGCUACAAGGAGGUGGAAGGGGAGCUGGACACCGUCCCCAUGCUGAAUCCGUUUCUGGGUGGCUCUGCCGCGCUGAAAAAGCUGGACACCAUGAAAAUCGCCCCUCCCUCCCUCAGCGCGGACCCCUUCGCAGACACUUUGGAGCCUCAGGAGGGCCCACUCGACCACAAAAGCCUGCGUGCCAUGAUUGUGGAGAGCCAGGAGAGAGAAAAAUCCAGAAGGAGCUCGGCAGAGAGGCUGGAGAGCAGCAAGGACAGGAAGAGACUCUCUUUGGCAUAG